GACAGCAAAACAAUGAACUCAGUCUUGGCUCGAACUACUGAAACAGAGAUACUUCUACUAACAAUAAUGAUACUAAUAUAAAAAGAAUAAUAAUUUUUUAUUUCUAUAUAAAGUGUGUUAAUGGCGGUUCUGCUUUUCUUCACUGCUUCUCUCCAUCUCUCCUCAGCAGAGCCUCACGCUCUGCAGUAUCUCAACACUGCAAUCACACCAGGACCACAUUUCCCAGAGUUCACUGCUAUCAGUCUGCUUGAUGGAGAGCAGUUUGUGUACUAUGACAGCAACAUCAGGAAGAUGAUCCUAAAGACAGAGGUGAUCCAGAAGAUCAGUGCAGAUGAUCCACAUUACUGGGAGAGAGAGACUCAGAAACAUCUGCAUGAUCAGAAAAUCUUAAAGGUUUAUCUGAGUGAUGUGAUGGAGGACUCUAAACAGACUGAAGGAGUUCAUACUCUACAGAGGAUGUACGGCUGUGAGAUUGAUGUUAACAGCACCUCUAGAGGAUACGAUCAGUACGGUUAUGAUGGAGAAGAUUUCUUCAGUCUGGAUCUGAACACUGGAAGCUGGACUGCAGUUAAUGAUGAAGUUAAGAUCUUUAUAAACAGAUGGGAUCCUAUAAGAACUGAGGCUGAAUACUGGAAGUAUCACCUGCAGACUGAGUGUAUCAAAUGGAAAAAGAAGUUAAUUUCUCACAGCAGAGAAACUCUGGAGAGGAAAAGUGUGUGAUCUACUGUGUUACUGUAACACACUUUAAUCAUUCUCCCUCAAUCCGCUCAUCCUCCCGGACGAGAUGAUAAGUCGUACGAGCGUGUCGGGCGAACACCGGCCGAUCCACGGCGGCUCGGAUUCCCCAUUCAUUCUCAAUGGGGGCCUGUUUGACACGGAAUUCCUGGAAUUCCAUACAGAUGCGACCGGCUCCGGAUCACAUACGGAUAUGCCGUAUGUGCGUGUCGGACGAUCGAGGGCCGUGCCGUGGCUCGAUAAUUUAAUUCCGCAUUCCUUUUCAAUGUGGCACUUAUUGCCCCCUAGCUAUUGCCCCCUUGGGUCAUUAUGCUCGAAAAAAUUAUUGGAACGUCCGGGAAGGCAGGCCGGACGAGAGGAUAUGGCGUGUUUACGUGUCGGGUGAACAGGGGGCCGGGAAAAAGCAAAAAACGGAAAUGAUUUCUUGUAACCUAGAUUUUUGGGGGGUUUUUGCCCCAUCUUCCCGGGGGUAUGUAAUGGAUAUGUCGAAAACGCGUGUCGGCCGAACACCGGGCGAACGGGGAAUUUUCAACCGUUUUCCCUAUUCAUUUUGGAUGGGGCCUAUUUGAGCGAUAAUUCCCGGCAUUCCGAACGGAUCCGGAAUAGCGGGACCAUACAAAUGAAAAAAAAAAAAAAAUAAUAAUAAGCCAGAUUCGCACGUUUUGGCCCCGUGAACGGAAAUUCUUAGAAAAUUAAUACACGAACGGUUUGAGGUACCACCCGUGGUGUUUGGACCAAAACUGUGGGAGUAGUGAAGUGCCAAAAUCCUAGUACUCAGCCACAGCAUUGUAAUAGCGUGCACACACACACACACACACACACACACACACACACACACACACACACACACACGCAACCAAUCACGAAACUCAAAAACACUCACACACACACCCACCCAGGGCGUAGCCAUCAUUUUAAAAGUGGGGGGGACGAAAUGUCUAGUGCAGGGGUCACCAACGUGGUGCCCGCAAGGAGCACAUGAGUAGCCGGUGGGCCUUUUCUAAAAAUAGCUGUUUCCUAAUUUGUUAAAUCAUUGUUGAUAAUUAUUAUGAGAAAUCAUUAACAUGAUCAGUGUCUUCACA